CUGUUUCGAUCGCUGCGGCGGCGUGCAGGGCCGGUCUGCAGCUUGCUGGUGUGGUUACGGCUCAAUUUGCCAGCACCGGUAGCAUCGAUCGCAGAGCGCCAUCAUUCGGCAAUUAGGCACAUUUGACACCAUUUUGCACGCAGGCGGCUCGCGCCACGAUCGUGUGUUUUUGGGAGAGGCUCUCACAGUGGAGACCGCAGUGACGCCGCCGCCGCGCCAGUGAAUUUUACACACUCGGAGACGUGUAGCUUGCGGUCCAGGGAGGCGGCGAGCGGAUGGAUCAUUCUUCCGGGUUCGCUAGGUUUCGCCUCUAGGCCUCUCCCAUCGAGGACAGCCAUAGUUUAGCCUCACUACGCGACCGCCCGCAGCAUUAGCUCGUCGAAGACGUGCGCUUGAUAUCGCUCCUCGCUGUACAAACCGCUUCGCCGCAAAGUUCGACCUCCCGGCAGCCGCUGAGCCUCAUCCCUCUCCUCCGCCGCCGACGUCGACGCUGCCGCCGUGCGCUAUGAACAAAGUAAUCGACCGCCGCCGGUCCUUGGACGCGCAGCCCGACGCGCGGCGCACAACAUUAUUCGAUUAUGUGACGGAUCUAGCGGGCAAGACGCCGACGCCCGGCGGCGGCGGCGCCGCAGCAAUCGCGGCCGGGUUGGGCUGCGCCGCCGGCGCCAUGGCCUGCGCCUAUAGUCAACGGAAGAAAGAUCAAGCCUCGGGCGCAGCAGUAGUGGCCGCCCAGACGGGCGCAACAUUAUCCAAUGCGGCUGCCCGAGAGCUAGACGCGGCAGACGCCGACGCCAAAGCCUACCUCGCGCUCCAAGCCACCUGGAAGAAGGACUUCCACGGUAAUAAAAGUGAGGCCCAGGCCAAAGCUUUAGCGGUGCCCCAAUCGUUGGUGGAGCGGUGCGCGCGGCACGUCGCGGCUCUUGACGUUUUUUACCCCAAAUGCAAUCCCAACAUUUUGUCGGAUGCGAAGGUCGGGAUCCACUUACUCGCCGGUGCGGCGCGGGCGGCCUUCGCUACUGUACUCGUCAACGACCCACCGGCGAACGUCCGGCGAGACUUGGAAACAAAAUUACGAGCCAUCGCGGCGGUGGAAGCUAGAAUAUGGGGCGAGCGGAACUCCGGUGCUUCUGCGGGUGCGCCGGCGCGGGGCUUUGAGAUUAUACUCGAUGCGCGGGGUGUUUGUGCGGUCGCCGCCGCGGUCGCGGGCGCGUUCCUGCUGGGGAAGCGCAUGCGGUCCUGAGCCGCUUUUUGACAUAUAGUAACUCCUCUUUUCCAUA